AGAAAGAGGAAGUCACCUUUACAAGUUCAGUAAAGCACACCGAUUUCAUUACCUGACAGUCAAACAGAGGAGGCAGACGCCGAUGUACUUUAAGGUUUAUGGCAAGAACUGCUGCUAACGGCAAUAUAAAAUCACAUUUGAACCACAAUGGUCUGACAGGCGAAGAUUUCAAGAAAAAUGGAUAUCACAACAAGAAAGAGAAAAAUGGCCCUCGGAGUGGAGCCGCCUCUAGGCAGACCAGGCAUGAGUCCUUUGAGCAGGCGCCCAUGUAUGUGGCGGUCAUGACAUACCUGGGCUUUGGCAUUGUCACCCUUUUCGGCUACCUCAGAGAUUUCCUCAGAGCUGUGGGCCUAGAGAAGUGCCAUGUUGCUCAGGAAAGAGUGGAACAGAAGGAUUUCAUACCUCUGUAUCAAGACUUUGAGAACUUCUACACUCGAAAUCUGUAUAUGAGGGUACGAGACAACUGGAACCGUCCUGUAUGCAGCCUACCAGGACCUGUCUUUGAUCUGAUGGAGCGUGUUUCUGAUGAUUACAACUGGACAUUCAGGUUAACUGGGAGGACUAUACACAAUGUUAUAAACAUGGGCUCUUACAAUUACCUCGGUUUUGCUGAGAAUAAUGCUGAUUUCCUGAAAACUGUGGCAGAAAAAACACAACACUAUGGGGUCGGAGUUUGCAGCACAAGGAAGGAAAUAGGUAACCUAAGCAUCCAUGAGGAGCUAGAGCAGCUUGUAGCAAAUUUCAUCGGUGUCGAGUCCUCCAUGAUCUUUGGGAUGGGUUUUGCUACCAACUCAAUGAACAUUCCUGCACUUGUUGGCAAGGGUUGUUUGAUACUGAGUGAUGAGCUCAAUCACACAUCCCUCAUCUUAGGUGCCAGACUGUCAGGAGCAACCAUCCGAGUGUUCAAACACAACAACAUGCACAGUCUGGAGAAGAUGCUGAGAGAGGCGAUUUGCUCAGGGCAACCUCGGACCCACCGGCCCUGGAGGAAGAUCCUUAUCAUGGUGGAAGGCGUCUAUAGCAUGGAGGGCUCAGUGGUGCGACUACCUGAGAUCAUCGCCCUGAAGAAAAAGUACAAAGCCUAUCUGUACUUGGACGAGGCCCACAGUAUCGGAGCAGUGGGUCCCACGGGCAGGGGUGUGACUGAGCUGUUUGAUGUGGACCCAGCUGAUGUGGACGUGAUGAUGGGCACCUUUACCAAGAGCUUUGGCGCUGCUGGAGGCUAUAUCGCAGGGAAAAAGGAGUUGGUGGAGUACCUGCGGAGCCAUUCCCACAGUGCAGUAUAUGCAUCUGCAAUGUCCCCUCCCGUCACUGAACAGAUCAUACGUGCCAUGAAGUGCAUCAUGGGAAAAGACGGGAGCACAGAAGGCAUUCGACGGAUCCGCCAACUGGCAGAGAACACCAGAUACUUCAGAGCCAGACUGAAGGAGAUGGGCUUCAUCAUCUACGGCAACAAUGACUCACCUGUGGUUCCAAUCCUGCUUUACAUGCCAGGCAAAGUGGUUGCUUUUGCUCGGGAAAUGCUGACCAGAAAAAUUGGUGUAGUGGUUGUCGGCUUUCCAGCCACGGCAAUCACAGAGGCCCGGGCUCGCUUCUGUUUGUCUGCAGCACACACCAGAGACAUGCUGAACCAGGUGCUGCACCAUCUGGACGAAGUGGGAGACGCUCUGUGUCUGAAAUUCUCACGGCAGAAAUAUUCCCUAAGGCCUGACCUCUAUGACGAGACAGACUUUGAGCUGGACGGCUGAUAUGACCCUUUACACCUUCACUUCACAGUGUCAAAACUAAGUCUGAGCCCAUACCACAGCAGACCCAUAAACCCACAAUGCAGAGUAACACCCAUGUCUCAUAGCACCAGAAGGGCCAAAUGUUUGGCAGCUGCAUUUUAUAUGUUUGUAAAGCAUUGUGACUUAAUAGAGCAUUUAUUUGUGUUCCUUAACAAGAGCAAUUAUAUAAGCUUCAAAAUGCUUAAUUUCUGAAUACAUUUGUUUGUAAUACAUAUGAAAAUAUUGCAUAGAUGUGUUACUUUAGAUUUUUACAGAGUGAAAUAUUAUGAGUCACUCAGGUUAUAUCUAUUUAAAAAGUUCACUUGCUCUGCAUUGACAUUUGAAAAUAUUUUUAGAAAUUCAUAUUAAAAGUGAAGUCACAUUUUUUAUGGAUUAUUGAUCAGUUUUUGUACAGCUAUAUUUUGUCAUGAAACAUUAUCAGCUGAAAUUUAAUAAAAGUCUGGUGGUAGACUUGAGAAUGACACAAAUUCAAUUAAAGAUUUGGCUUAAUAAGCAGAAACUGUUUAAAGAAAGCUGAUGAUUUCAGUUUUCAUCCAACUAAACGCAUACAGUUUCUCACAUGAAAACUUCCAAAGAUUGAUGAGUUGUCUAAAGCAUUAACUUCAGAAAAAAUAAUCCCAAAACUCUUUUAAUUUCCUGACGCUCAAUUAUUUGCACUACUCGAAAAAUGCCUUCAUUGUGUUCAAUCUCAAGCUGUUUUCAUUCAGCACCCCUAGUUUAACACCACUUUCAUCUGCAAAGUAAAUGAUAACCUUCCUGUAAAUAAUAGAUCAUGCAGCAAUUACUUCUUUGACAUGCAAUUAAAUCUCAACAACCCCAGCGCAGAUUGAAAAAGGUGUUAUGGCUUGUUUUGUGGCGAGACUGCUCAUAUUCACCAAGUCUUAACAGCUUAAUUGUUGAUGUUUUAAAGACCUGCUGUUCUCUCUCACACACAAACUGCGUAACAGUUGUGAAGGUAAGCAUGCAGGGUAUGCAGCACCUGAGCCAACAGAAACCUAACCUAGCAAUUAGUGCUGAACUCUAAAUUCUCGUGGUAUGGGGUAAUCAUUUGAUUAACACAGGAAGGAUUAAAGAUGGAUGAUAAAUGUGUUUUCACAAUGUGUCAGAUAGGGUCUAGUCGACACUUGUUUGCCCUACAGACGUUACUAUGUUUGUGUUUUUUCUUCCCCAUUAACAGCAUGGUGAUAACAUUUUACAAGAUAAAAUAAAAAAACAAUAUGUAAUCCUCGGGGGAAAAUGGUAGAUGUACAAGAGAUAACGUUAAAGAAAGCCAAGACAAGCCUCUCACCCCCCUAAAAAAAACAGAACGCCAUUGAAUUCUGCGCAGUAUAAUGGAUCACUUUGUUCUGUAAAUAAAUAUUCACAUCUGGCUCUUAUAGCAAGGAACAAUAGAAAACAUCUCUUUAAUCCUCAAAUCUGUGAGGUCAUCCCACUGUACCAUUCCAUAAAGAUUCAGAGGAGAUGGGAUGAAGGUGGCCUCGGAUUUUGCACUGAGGUAUGCUGAGGAUGUCUGUUAUUAAUUUGUGUGAACGUUCAGCGUUAGUUUAAACAAGAAUCAUAUAAAAUACAAUGAGGAUUAACGACAGAGUAUAGAUACGUGUAAAUAGAAACUUCAAACCUUGAAUUCUCCUCAUAUACAUGCCUCUGUGAUCAUUACAAUCCACAGUAACAUUUACAUUGUCUGUCCAGAACUGCUGGAAAUAUGUGUUGAAUUUUUAGAGACUUUAUUUUCCUUUAACAGUCUCAAUCUCUAAAAAAAAAAAAAAAUCUUUCUGACAUCUGGAGGAAAAAAUUCUGUAGUUUAUCUGGUGGAUAUUAAACCGGAACAAAUGGCGCUAAAAGGGUUUAAUUACAACCAUAGCUGGCUGUGCAAAAACAACAUAUGCUUUUAAUAGCAAUAAAUUGUACAGUUUAUCUAAUUCAGUGUGUUUAACUAAUUUCUUGAUAGAUGCAAUAAAGGAUAAAAUAUAACACUGAAA